AUUUUGAAUUUUUUUUGACUGUUAAUUUUUCAAGCCAUUUCUUUGUUUUAUUCAAGUCUAGCACGCAGGUACAUUAAAUAUCCUUUAAUAUCUUAAAAACUUACGAGUUUCCACGCCUUAAAAUGCUCAGUUCAGUAAUACAAAAGUUCACCCCUUGCAGUUGAGCGGGAAAUUUUCAAAACAAAUAGUAAAAAUCAAUUUAAUUAAAUAUCUAGUGAAAUUAACAAGCCAAUCUUUAUGGAUAUAGAUUAUACGGAAGAUAUAGAUUAUGGUUUCAAUAAUUGUAAUCAGGAGCCGUUCGUGUAUUUGGAGGAAUUUGAUGAAUAUUUGAAUGAGCUUAAUUUAGAUUUCGUAUAUCCAUUUAUUUCUAAAAUAAUUAAUUAUGAGGACGUAGGAUCGCUUCUAGUGAUAAUCAGUGAUGAAGAGAUUGUGAAUAUCAAGUUUACAGUUAAUACAGCCUAUAAUGACAAAGUGACGUUAAAGAUCAAAAAAGCAUCAAAAUUUACAAACAUUUCAGGAGUUGACAUCAUUUCCGACCAAUUCCACACAUACGUUCAUGAUAAAAAUGGAGAUUUAUUCAAGUUUAGAUCAGCACAGUCGCUAGAUAAAGUUAAGCAUGACAACAUCCUUUAUUUAAGGUACUAUAAGUUCAUGGACAACAGCUGCUUUGUGAUGAUAUCAAAGGUUGAUUGUAAAAUAGCACUUUUCAUCUAUGACAAGACAUUUGAUAAGGAAUAUUCUGGAUAUCAGAGAUAUGUAGACCUAAUUUUACCUGAAGACUCCAUCCAAACUCUCGAAAAUGAGUUUACACUGCCUAAAAUAAAGGAAAACUUUACAUUUGCAAGCGAAAUGCUUUACAACAUUACAGAUAAUGACCUAGACGUAGAGUUCUUUAACUUCUUCCUUGGGCUGGAUGUUAAAAAUGACAAUAUUAGAGAUAUAUUCUUAGUUUCUAUGAACGAUAGGCUGUUCUUUGUAAAAUAUACUGGUACUUUUGAUGAAGAAAGAACUCAAAUGGAUGAAUUAAACCAAGAACCUUUACAGCUUGAAACUGUUAUAGUUUCCAGGGGAAAGAUUAAGUCCAUAAAAUACCUAAACAGUUCAAUCAUGAUUAUAGAUGAGUUUUGGGUCCUGACAAUAUUUUAUCAAUGCAUACGAACAAAUGUGAUUAAAAGAACUGAAAUAGCACUAGGUGAUGAAAUCACAUGUUUUGAAUUUACUGACAAACACUUGAUAUACUCAAAUCGAUAUAAAAUCAUUUUUAUGAGGUUUAUGAUAGCACCAUCGGAGCCAGAAAUUAUCGAAGUUGAUCUAAGUCUAGUCGCAACAUUUUCAAUAUCUCAAAAUAACGAAUUCUUAAUUGCCAUAGACAAAAAUAAAUUCUUCUAUUAUGUGCCAAUCCCACAUUCGGAAGUGCUAAAAGACAGCGAUGAGGAAAAAUAUGAAAAAUUCACAAAUGAUGACUUGAAAAAGUUUCCGGACAUUGUUAAAUAUCUCGAAAAUGCAGAACAAGAUAUUAAGGAACUGUCGGAAACAAUAGAGCAUGAAAGCAACAUGUUGAUUCUAUUGACUCAUCUUGAAGCGCACGAAAACCUGACAGCUGGAACCGCCAAAAUUAAAUAUUUGCCAUUUUUAACACAAUCACAGGAAAAUGAUAUAAUUUGUGAUCCAAUAACUCUACAGUCUGGACAUUCAUACAUCCGAAUUGUUAUUGAACUUGAUCGUAUUUUCUGUGCCUUUAAGUUUACAAUAGCUUUUUAUCGCUAUACAUCAUAUAAAGGCGUCCUUCUCAGACAUAUCGAAAUUGAGCCAAGAAAUGAAAAGACACAUUUUGCAAUUUAUGUACCUGAAGAGAUUGAUGAUCACCCAGACAACAAGUUAGAACUUUUUGCCAACUUUUUUGUCAAUAUAAAGGCUGAAUGUCACACAUUACAAUUCCCAUUAAGUAUUAAAGGAACUAAAGUAUCAACAUCGUAUACCAGUCGAAAUAACAUUGAAAUUGAGAAAUGUAUUAAGGCAUUAAAUAAACUAUUACAUGAUGAUAAAUAGAAUAACAUUAAGUUCCAAUUAUGC